ACGAUAUUCUCGUUAAUGUUGGUCUGAGAAGAGUAGUAAAAGAAAGAGGGAGGAAAGGAUAGAGAAAAGGGAGUAGGGCCAAGAGACGUAAAUCAACCCUUUCUCUUGGCGCCAAAUAAUAUAAAACGUGAUUAAACGUCUAAUUUCGUCGAUUAAAGUUAAUGUAAGCAAUCGUGGGCAUAUUGUUAUUUGUAGCCAGUUGAGGUAAUGUGGUAGUUAGCUUGCUAAAUAUCUAGCAACGCAAUCAUUUUACCUAAUCUUGCCCCACUCAAGAAACAAUAUUAAUUUGGCGAUCUAUUUAGCUAUAUCAAUACAACAGCUUUCAAGAUAGGUAGCUAGUUUCUUCAAGGCGGUCGUUAUAAUACAGCAAUAUGGGGAGGAAGUCAAACAAAGCGAAGGAGAAGAAACAGGCUCGCCUGGCGGAGAGGGCAGCCAUGGAUGCUGUGUGUGCCAAGGUGGACAGAGCAAAUAAGCUGGAUGACCCUCUGGCUGCUUUCCCCAUCUUUAAAAAGUAUGACAGAAACGGGUUGAAUCUCCAGAUAGAGUGUAAGAGAGUGUCCACCCUCAAUCCUAUCUCUGUGGAGUGGGCCUAUGAACUAACCAGGACCAACAUGCAAACACUGUACGAGCAGAGUGAGUGGGGAUGGAAGGAGAGAGAAAAGCGGGAUGAGAUGAAUGAUGAGAGGGCGUGGUAUCUCCUGGCCCGAGACACAGACUCCUCCCCCGUGGCCUUCUCUCACUUCCGAUUCGACGUCGAGUGCGGGGAGGAGGUGCUAUACUGUUAUGAGGUCCAGUUGGAGAGCAGAGUAAGGAGGAAAGGACUGGGCAAGUUCCUCAUCCAGAUACUACAGCUCAUUGCCAACAGCACACAGAUGAAGAAGGUAAUGUUAACAGUAUUCAAACACAACCACGGGGCGUACCAGUUCUUCAGGGAAGCCUUACAGUUUGAGAUCGAUGACACCUCCCCUAGUAUGUCUGGUUGCUGCGGUGACGACUGCACCUAUGAGAUCCUGUCGCGGCGGACCAAACACGCGGAGGCCUCGGGUCACAGCCAUGGGGGAGGGGGGCACUGUGGGGGCUGCUGCCACUGAGGGACAUGAUUACUUCCAGUUCCUGUUUCACCACGUCCUGGUCACAUGCUCUAAAACCUCCCACUUUCCUAAUCAUCUUUACCUUUCCCCCCAACGCCCAAUCGUACACCCCCCUUUAAGCCCCAAAACUGACAGACCCCCGACCCCCUCUUUUCUGUCCUGUAUCGCACCUUCCCUCGCCCCUCCAUAUUCCACCUCUUUCUCUUCCAUUCUAUUGUGCCCCGUCUGUCCACCCCUCCUUCUCUUCAACAGCUUUCUUAACAGUCCUAAGGCUCCAUCUCAGUAAUCGUAACGUGCGUACUAUUAUGGAUAGAGCAGUGUAUUGGCCAAGCAUUCUGAAUGGUAGACUAGGGUGGAUGUUGGGACAAGAGCCGUACAAAUGUAUUUCUUAGUUUGAUGAGGUAUUCUGUAGAUACUUUGCACCCCCUCGCUCUUUCGCUCUUUUUCUCCCUCGCUCUCUCAUCACAGAAAUACACAGAGCCUCUGAUCAGUUUGUUUAUUUUCUACAGUUUUCAAAAUGCAAUUGGAUGUCAGGAAGACCCACUGUUGCCAUGUUAAGACCCCUGGCUCCUCCCUAACAACCCCUUCAGUAGUUUGCAUGGCAACCAAGUCACAAAAAUGUUUGUUUUUCUAGAUGAUCUUUUCAAUAGAUUUCACCACCCAGAUGAUUUAGGUCCUGAAAUGGCACAGUAUUCCCUUUACAUAUAUAGGGGAUACGGUGCCAUUUGGGACGCACACUGUGUUGCUGCUGGCAUUGUGGGCCUUGUUGCCAUGUCUGUUUACAUACAGAAACCUUCAGGAUAUUGUAGUGACCUGGGUUGCCAGAUUGGGAGGUUUCCAUAGAAGUCUAUGCGAUUGACCCUGUAACUGUUAGUGUCGAUCUCAAAUUGCACCCCAAUCCCUUUAUAGUGUAAUACUUUCGACCAGGACUCUUAGAAACCCUUCGGUAGUUUGCAUGGCAUGUCACAAAAACAGUGUGCAGUAGAAAGUAGUGCACUAUAAAGGAAAUAGGGUGCCAUUUGGGACGUAGUGAAUGGAAAGAAACUCAACAGAUUGGCAUCUCACCCAGGCUUAAAAAAGUAAGACAUUUCACUUGUGCAUUGUAUAUACAGUGCAUUCGGAAAGUAUUCAGACCCCUUGACUUUUUCCCAAUAAAUUAGGUUACAGCCUUAUU